UUUGGCGCAGAGCUGAGGAGGCUGCUCAGGCUCUGUGCCGCCCCUCUUCUUGCAGCCUCCCUGAGGUUGACCCUGCUCCUGUAGCCUCCCGUGAAAUGUGGAUGACGCCCAAGAGGAACAGGAUGGAAGUUGACGAGUCUCGAGUUUUCCGGCCCGAGUGGACCCAGCGUUAUUUGGUGGUAGAGCCUCCGGAAGGUAACGGGGCCCAGUGCCUAGUCUGUCGCCGCCUCAUCGUAGCCACCCGCGAACGCGAUGUCCGACGCCACUACGAGGCCGAGCACGAGUACUACGAUCGGUAUGUGGCGGAGGGCGAGCGCACGGCCCUGGUGGAGCGUCUGCGUCACGGCGACGUGCCGGUGGUCGCCCAGCUCACUCAGGAGGAGAGGGCGGCUCGCGCAGGCCUGGGGAUCACCCGCCUCUUGGCCUUGCGGGGUCGAGGCUGGGGCGAGGGGGACUUCGUAUACCAGUGCUUGGAAGUGAUGCUGAGAGAGGUGCUGCCCGAGCACGUAGGCGUCCUGGAGAGUAUCGAUUUAACUCCCGAAGUCACAGGCCAGAGGCUCCUGAACAUUAACAGAAACCUACGCAGUCAGCUAUUUAGCCAAGCCAGGGACUUCAAAGCCUAUUCCCUGGCCUUGGAUGACCAAGCUUUUGUGGCCUAUGAGAACUACCUCCUGGUCUUUCUCCGUGGCGUGGGCCAUGAUUUGGAGGUGCACGAAGAGCUGCUGACCAUCGUCAAUCUGACGCACCACUUCAGCGUCGGUGCGCUGAUGGCGGCAAUCCUGGAAGCCCUGCAGACCGCCGGGCUGAGCUUGCAGCGAAUGGUUGGACUGACCACAACCCAUACAUUGAGGAUGAUUGGCGAGAACUCAGGAUUGGUCUCCUAUAUGAGAGAAAAGGCUGUGAGCCCCAACUGUUGGAAUGUUAUCCAUUAUUCAGGAUUUCUUCACUUGGAACUGCUGAGCUCCUACGACGUCGACGUCAAUCAGAUCAUAAAUACCUUAUCCGAAUGGAUCGUCUUGAUUAAGACCAGAGGCGUUAGACGACCCGAGUUUCAGGCUUUACUAGCGGAAUCUGAAUCAGAACAUGGUGAAAGGGUUAAUGGACGGUGUCUGAACAACUGGCUUAGAAAAGGGAAAACUUUAAAAUUAAUAUUUUCCCUGAGAAAAGAGAUCGAGGCGUUCUUGGUCUCCAUAGGAGCCACCACAGUCCAUUUCACGGACAAGCAGUGGCUAUGUGACUUUGGCUUCUUGGUGGAUAUUAUGAACCACCUUCGAGAACUCAGUGAACAACUGCGAGUUACGAAAGUCUUUGCAGCUGCUGCUUUUGACCAUAUCUGUACCUUCGAAGUUAAGCUGAAUUUACUUCAGAGACACAUUGAGGAAAAAAAUCUCACACACUUUGCUGCUUUCAGAGAAGUUGUUGAUGAGCUUAAACGGCACUUGAAAGGUGACCAAAAAAUAUUUGAUCCCGACAGGUAUCAAGUGGUGAUCUGUCGCUUACUAAAGGAAUUUGAGAGACAUUUCAAGGACCUUCGGUACAUUAAAAAGGACUUGGAACUUUUCGCAAAUCCAUUUAACUUUAAAGCCGAAUACGCACCAAUAUCAGUAAGGGUGGAGCUAACAAAACUUCAGGCAAAUACUAACCUUUGGAAUGAAUACAGAGUCAAAGAAUUGGGGCAGUUCUAUGCUGGAUUGUCUGCUGAAUCUUACCCAAUUAUCAAAGGGGUUGCCUGUAAGGUGGCAUCGUUGUUUGAUAGUAACCAAAUCUGUGAAAAGGCUUUUUCAUACUUGACUCAGAAUCAACAUACUUUGAGCCGGCCCUUGACGGAUGAGCAUCUCCAAGCCCUGUUUCGUAUUGCCACAACUGAAAUGGAGCCCCACUGGGAUGACCUUAUGAGAGGAAGAAAUGAACCGAAUCCAUAAGCCUUUGAAAAACUCAGAAAGAAUUCAAUUCAAAAGCAAAAAUUGGUUUGAGUUUCCAAGUUUACUAAUUUAGACUAAGAAACCCGGUGUGGGAAAACACCAGGUUUAUUAGAUGAUGUCCAGAUUGGUCAGGACUCAUUCAAUUAACAGUUGCCUUUUCUUUCAAUCUCAAAAGCAGCAAGGGACUGAAAUUUGAGAAUACCACCUCCUUAAAUUCAGUUUAAUGAUAAGAGUCAUUGUCUUUUGCUUUUAUGAUGGAAGUUUGGUACUGAUGUGAAUUCAGUCAGAAGUCUGUAUUUAAGGUGUUCUGAAGAUAAGCCAAAAAUGUUAGCUCUUACUUUAAACAAAGUUUGAAAUGGUCAACUGUUUAAAUGUAUAUUUGAGCCGGUUUGCAGGAACUUAUGUAGCGAGUUCAAAAUGUUCCAGAAGGGAAGAACUCAACAGUGGAAGCAUUUUGUCUUCACCAUCAGCAGUGUGUGGGACUCAUUUUUUAACCUUUUUGAGUCCAAAGUAAAUCUUUAUUUCUUCCUUCUCAUUUCCCUCCCUCCCCAAUUAGUCUCAGUGUUAUUAGUAAUAGGCAAAAUAAUUCAAUAGAAUUUUAGAGGAGGAAGAAUUAUUUUUAAGUUGCUAAUUUAUGAGGCUUCUUGUGUCCUGGAGUUCAGACUAAGCAUUAAAUUGCAGGCUACUUCUUCAGCUGCCUGUUACAGGAUUAUGGUAAGUAUAGAACUGUUGUAGUUUGUAAUUCGUUCUGUUCUAGACAGAAGGUUACCUCUGUCCAAAAGGAUUUUGGACAAAAGGUGUUGGCAUCUUCAGGAUCCAGAUAGUACUGCUUUAUAAAGGAAACCUGCUUAAAGGAAGGAAACCCUUUAUUUUAAAGUGAGGUAAUGUUAGAUGUUGGCAGCUUCUGGAAGUGGGUUUGUUGUGAAAUUGAAACUGUCCCACAGUUUUAUUUAAGACAGUGCACAAAAAGAAAUCCUUAACACCCAAGAAGCAGCCUUGGCCACAGAUUACAGCAGUGCCAUAUUUCUAGUUCCAACAUCUUCGUGUUAAGACAAAUUUUUUUUUUUUUUAAGUUUAUUGGUGAUGUUUUUUUCAAGCUUAUGUUAACUGGAAGAGAAAAUUUGCCAGAAAGCCGAAUAUGUAAAAUCGAUUUUAAAAACAAGACCCAACUUGCACACAGCUCUUUCAAGUACAAUUUGAAAACUUGUGCACAAGUUCUGUCGUAACUCUUGCAGCACUUUAUUCUCUGAUCACUACUCUAGCAAAUUAAAGCAAAUACAACUAAGAAUCUAGAAGGAACUAGUGCCGGAGCAGUCAAAAUACAUGCCACAAGAACCCCAAGACUCAAAGGUGUGUCAGUGGUUCUCAAACAGGCAGUAACCCUCUCUCCAGAGGAUGUUGGGGGAAAUGUAGAAAUUUUUGUUUGGCUAUUUGUUUGUCAUAAUUACUGGGGGAUUCCUCCUGGCACAUAAGCUUGAAGCUCCCUCUUAGUGCAUAGUACAGCCUGGCACAAAGAAGAAUUAGCCCUUCCAAAAUGCCAGUAGGCCCCAAUGGAAAUGAGCUUAUUUUGAGGGAUGGGGCAAAUUACUGGUAGAAAUAAAAUUAGAAGAGCAAGUAUCAAUACUUACUAGAGACUAACUUCAAAAUUCUGAGUUUGAUUAAUAAGGUGCAGUAAAGGCCUUAACAGGCUCCAGUAGCCUGUAAUUACAUAAAUCAGUAAUUGAUACUGAAUUAUGUUUAAAAGAUUUUAUUCUGGUAUAAUUUGUGGAGGGCAGAAAAAUAUUUUACCAAGAUAAUUACCAAGAAUGGUAAAGCUGAGAAUUUGGUUAAUGGUGAAAGUGUAAAUAUCUAGAAAUACAACAUAGUAAAGACUCUACCAGUGAUUUCCCAGUAGCUUUGAGUGUUCUUUUUUUUUUUGAGUGUUCAUUUUUUAAGGCAAAGGCUUUGUUACUUGAAAGACCCGAAAGCUGCUUCUGCUUUCUGGCCCCAGUUUGUCAAAUAUUGAAGUGUUGUACAUUUGUGAAGUUCCAGUACAUGUUUCACGUGAGGUAAUAAUAAAAUUAGUUUGCAUUGUAUAGUCACUGAUGAAAGGGGGGUAGGAGAUAAUCGAAGGAUUGAAAAUUGACCCUCCAUAGAGAAUUUGCUAUAAACUAGUCUUGUUUGUUUAGGGGGGAAAAUGUGUAUAUUUUACUGUUAUCUGUACUACGUAAUUCAUUAACUGCAUGGCAGUCUUUAAAUCUUUAUUUAAUUAAAAUACUUGUUACUGGUCCUGUUAUAUCAGUGAAUAUAGUAAAAAUGCCUUGUAACUUUCAUCUCUCCUAGCUUUCUUGAAAGGUUUAUCUGUGCUCCCAAGUCGCCUGUCUGUCCAGUCAAGCUGCUCUACUAAGGUUACUAAAUCCUUGUUAAUAUGUUCUUAGCCCUCCUUUGACACCAUUGACUACCCUUUUUUGAAAUACUUGCUUCCUUUUGCUUUGGGGAAGUGCCAUCCCCGGGUAUGCUUUCUCAGUUUUCUCUGCUGGCACCUUUCCCUGAAAUCUGUGUUCCUCGGGACUCUACUUGGUUGUAAACUCUCUUCUCAUUCCUACAUCAUCUCCCUAGCAGAACUCAUCUCCUUCCAUGUCUUUGGUUGACGCAGACAUGCUAAUGACUACUGAAUGCAUUUCUUUUUUUCCUAGACCUUUCCUGGUUCAUAUUGUCAACUACUAACUUAACAAGUACACUUUGCUGCCUCAUAGGCACCUCAGCCUACAGAUAGAUCUUGCCUCCAAAUCUGCUGUUCCUCAUGUUCCCUCUUCCAAUAAAUGGUACUACCAUUCGUUCACUUGCCCUUGCCCAAGUCAGAAACGGAAUCAUCUAUAACUUUUCCCUGUUUGUUCCUUACAUUGAGUCAUAAAGCCCUUUCUGUUACCCUGCUUUCUAAAUUUCUCUCAAUUCUGGUGCCACCAGCCUAAUCCAGGCCAUCAACCGACCUAAGUGACAACAGCUCCUCACUAGUCUCCCUGUAUCUGCAUUUGAUCCCUUUCUAUGCUGCUGCCAGCCAGGUGUUCCAAAAGGUCGAGCUGUUGGUCUCACUCCGCUGAAGCCACCCUUGCUCUUAGGGCAGGCAUAUACUUCUAUUCGUCUUUCAGUUCUCUAUGAAGCCUUUGAUGCCCUUUCUAUCUGUUCCCUGAAUACCUUGUUCUUUCCCAGCCAUACACUCGGCACACUUUAUUGUUACUGCUUAUUGAUCACUGCUAGAUUGUAAGCUUUCUGAUGGCAGGGGCCAUAUAAAUGCCUUGCUAACUGUUAAAUGUCCAGCGCUUCGCACAAUGCCUGACAUUUCAAUAAAACGUUUGGAUGAAUAAA